CUGAUAGGGAUGGGCCUGGUGCUUUUCGAAGUACCUGGAAUCAUAAGACAACGGACCGUGAGUUAGGGAGGUCGUCGUGGCGCGAUGUCCGCCGCCGCGGUCGUUUCCACGGGGAACGGCGCCCGAACGGAUUCCCAUCGUCGUGGAACGUCGUGAGCGGCGGAUUGUGGCAGUGAGUGUUGCUUUGCGAUGCAAGUGUGUAUGUGCGGUCGAACGAGGCGUACGGACGAGUGGACGGAGACGUCGGUGACGAGAGGAGAGGCGUGAGGGAGGGAGAGAGAGAGAGAAAGAGAGAGGUUGGUCGUGUGUCAGUAUCGGGUAUUUGACUGCAGAGCCCUACCCAUCGCUGAUCCUUUGAGGUUUCCUCGCAUGCAUUACCAUCAAUGCCGGUGUCUGUGGGAAAUUCGCGGCCUCGGAUGUUCCCUUUUCGGUCGGUCAGUGUCAUAAGAACAACAUUAACGCUUAUUUAGCAGUUAACUUUCUUUCUACCCGGACGCCAUGUCACAUACGUGCUCGGCCGCUGCCGUGCGCGCCGGCAUCCUAGAUCGCGCGCUGACGUCACGACGCGCGAGCGACCGACCCCUGGUGGGGGAAGCUCGGCUACGUUCAGGGACGUGCGAACGAAAUAUCGUUCGGGGACCCCAAAGACGUGAUCCUUGCGGAAAUCGACACGUACCUGACCGCGAUGGACGUCGGCGCAGAUUAGUUCGAUCUGACGUCACGGCGGCGUCGCGGCAGACAGCGACGCGAUCAGCCGUGUGUUUCAUCGUUUGCGCUUGCGCAAUCGUCGCCGCGGAAAGAGAUCGCGUAUGUGCGAAAAAAAGUGCGUUGCGCGAGCUUCGGCCUACUUCGGCCGACAGACGGCGCAACGUGACACGAGACCGAGAGUGGCGUGUGGAGUCUCUAGGCGAGUUCGUAUAUACGGAAGAACGCGUCUUGCUUGCCGCUUUGAAUAAUCACGAUUCCAAAGAUGCCGUGAUUCUCCAGGAAGUCGAUUUAGCGCGAUUACACGAAGAACAGAGGCCGGACCUGGUGCUCGCAGUAAUCUUGAUGGAAGCAACUCGGAAGAAACACCGGCUGCAGGAAGAGAAGACUCGAUCGUGUGUGAGAAGAGGGAUCUCCACACCACACAACUUCGAGGGAGGCACGAUAGAUCGUCGUUAUGUCAAAUUCGCGAUAAGCACUAACUUGUGCCAUAAGGAAACUACAGAGGAAGAUAUGGAUAUAAAUUCUGUACGUGAAAAAAAUAAAAAUGCAAGAAAAUGUUCAAAAAUUCAACAACUGGAAAAUAUCACAGGAAAUGAUAAUAAUCUGAUUGAAGAAGCUUUUUUGAAAAUUGUAUAUUCAUCCAGAGGAAGUAGGAGUUAUCGACAUCUCAAACAGUUGCUUUUGCUGUAUACCCAGAAUAUUCUUUCUAGCGUGGAAAGCAAUGUUGAGUUUGAUCCAAUUAAUUUAAAAAACAUUAAUGAUAUAUUAAUAUUCUUUCACUUAUAUUGGCUUGACAUAAAGCAGGAGAUACCUGAUCAUAGUUCAUAUUUAAAUAUAAUGUCAGCUUUAUUAAGCAUAUAUAUAGAUAUGGAAUUAAAACUUUCAAGCAAAGAAAUUGAUGUAAAAAUUAUUGCAGCGCUAUAUAUAUACUUAAAUAACUCGGAAGAGCAUAUUUUCAGGGUAUUAGUUAGAAUUAAACAUAUGACAGAAAGAUAUAUGAAAAUUUGUAAUGACAUAUUUACGAAGAGCUUCACUAAUCUGAAGAUAAAACGUCAAGAUAAGAUGUCUUUAAACGAUGUAACUUAUAUCAGAUACUUGCUUGUCUUUAAAAUGUGGAAAAAAAUUUCUGAUAAAAAUGAAAAAAUUGACGAAUUAGCUAUAAAGCUGCUAGGACCAUGUAUGCCAAAAUUACGAGAUGAAUUAAUAAAAUUCGUGCCUAGUCCUACGGACUCUACAAAUCAUGAGACUGAAACACUAUGGUUAUUAAAAUCAGAUAUCGAUUUAAAACAAAUGCAUGAGCAUUUUCUACUAUUUGAAGAUCAAAUGAAUAAACAUUCUCUACAACUUGAAGAAAUUGAUAACUCUGCAUAUUUACAAUGUAUCAAAAUUGAUCAGUAUGGUUUAGAGUCUCAGACACAGAUGAAUUUAUUUCAACAAAACAAAAACAGGAGCACUCCUACAUCUAAUCAAGAAGUAAAUAGAGAUGGUUUAAAUGGUUUUCAAAAUAAUUUGCAACUAGGUAAUAACAGAAAUAAACCUUUAGAAAAAACUUAUUUACAAAAAGGUGAAAGAAGAAGCUUUAAAUCAUUAGAAAAAAUAACCGAGAAAUCAAUAAAAAAACCAAAGAAAUUUGAAAUUAUCGAUUUAACUGGAGAUGAUGAAAGUGGUUCUUAUAAAAUAAACAGAAGGAAAAGAAAGAAGAAAUAUAUUUUGAAUGGUCGAGAUUGUUUGAAGAUCGGAAAAAAUAAAAAGCAAGACUUCCUUAAUCAUUUGAAACUUUCAAAUGAGAUCAUGACAAGUGUUAAUACUGAAAAAAGUUCUAAUAGAGACAGCAAAAGUUUAGUUGAGAAAGCUUGUUUGGAGCAUAAACCUAUUCUUGACAACAAAAUUAGUGAAGGUACAGAGAGUUACACUUCAAUUAACAAUAAAUCUUCAUUAAAUAAUGUUUAUCAUAUUAUUCGUCAAAAAAAUGAACAUUUAAAUGUAAUGAAGAAUCAAAUAAAUAAUACUUGUCCAGAAUUUGUAAAAGAGAGUAAACUAGAAAAUCAUCAUGAUUUGUCACAUAUGACAUAUAUGACAGGAAAUGCAAUAGGUUCAUAUAAUAAUACAAUAACGCAAAGUAAGAAGACGUUAACUUCUCAGGAAGAAAGUGUUAUGGACACAAUACCUUCAUUGAAGAUGUGCCAAAAUGAUAUUAUGGAUCAGCAUUCUUUCAAGAAUGAAACACUAAUAAAUACAAAUUGUAAUGCAACGCAAAAGUCAUGCAAGUAUUGUGAACCGAUGCCAGUUGUCCAUAUUGGGAAACAUAUAAUUUGCAUGAUAUGCAAUCCUUUGUAUAAUAACGAACAUAUUUUCGUUGUACGUCGAUAUCGUAUCAAUGAUAUCAGCGUUAUGACGUGUCGUGACAUGCACGGUGAGAAAAAAAUGCAGCAUCCAGAUAAAUCCAAUGACAAUACUGUUUCGACUACAACAUUUACUGAGGAUCAAAAGGUAGAAUCGUCAUUAUAUAAUCAACAUGUCAAUUUUGAUAAUGUAAAAAUGAAUGAUAAUGACAUUGCUAAAUAUUCUGAAGCUACAAUGAAGGAACAACAAAAAAGCGAUUGCGAUCCUUCGAUAUUAAACGAUCAAGUACAUUUCUCAGAUUUCUAUAUGAGUAAUAAUCCUUUCAAAAUUGGUUCAAAUGCAGAAAUAGAUUAUAAUCUGAAAGAUUUUUCAAAUACUGAAAAAGAUAUUAAUUAUGCAAAAAUGUUAAAUGAUUGUGAUAAAUAUGUUUAUGUUGCUGCAAAUCAUGCUGUUGAUGAAUGUAUUAUGGCUAAGAGCGCUGAAAAAAGAAAUUAUUCUGACAUGUAUACUGCUUCAACUACAUUCAUGGAAGAUCAAAUUGUACAUGACUCCAAACAUUCCGAAAAUACGAUAAAGGCACAACAAGAAAGAAACGAUUGUGAUAUUUCGAAUGAAACAUCAAAUCGAUAUCUCUUUGAACAUGAUAUAUUUAAUAUAGAUUCUAUAGAUAUGGAUUCAAAACUGGAAUUCAAAACUUCUAUAGAUAUGGACGACUCUAUCAGUUUCUCGCAUCAAAUUAAAAUUUUGGAAACUCUAAACAAUGUUGUGUCAAAUGAAACCACCGAAUUUCUCCUAUCUUCGAAGCAGUCUCCAUUUGAAUUGGAUAAUAUAUAUACAAAUACAUUUUUAAGUGAAAAGGAUAUUUUAUGCCAUAAUCAAAACAAUGUUAUUAACAGUAAUGUAAAUCCGACCUUCCAUUUGAAUACCGAUAACAAUUUUCAAUGAUUAUCAGCCAAAUUUGAUAAGUUUAAUAUGUCAGUAAAUCACAAUAAGUUUCAAUCCAAUGUUUUGCAACAUAUUUAACUAAUUUAGAUAUCGCGCUUCCAGUUUUUAAGGAGCUAUGGAAUUUCAAUAUUUUUUUCUGAUAAGUUAAAUAAUAAUGUGCUUUAAUCAAGCAUUAUAUUUUUAAAAAAGAAAAAAUUGAAGAUUUUAUAUCUCGAGGAAUAUGUUAAACUAAAAAUCUUUAAAUGAAUUUUACACCUUCAAGAAUAUAUCAUCAAAUCAGGUUAAAAAAUGAUUUAAUAUUACAAAGAAAAGAUUCUGCCUCAACAUUAUACAUAAAAUAUAUAUUGUUAUUCUUGGAUGUCCUGAUGGCCUUUCGGUUAAUAAGAUGAUUAAUUCAAAAUUCAUGGAUUAUAUCUACUAUGAAGACUGUGAAGACUGUGGAAUGAGCUGUCAGAUGUAAUAGUUAUCUAUUGAAAAAGCACGCAUCCACUCCAUCAAUUGAAGAAAAGAAUUAUAAAAAACAGUUUUAACAAAAUGUUCUGAUGUUUAUUAAAAAGUUUGCCUUGCAAAAUUUUGAGUCUCGAGUGAUGAGCUGGAAAAUCAAUUUUCUAAAAAAUUUUCUACUUCUGAAGAUAUAUUCAUUGAGAGCUGCCAAUAAAUCAUUUAAUGUUGAACAGAGAAUAUUCAUUAGAACACCAUGCAUAUAAAAGAUGAAUUUACUUCGAAUACAAUCUUAAUAGCAAUUUAAUAAAGAUCAAAUCACGAAGAAUAUAACUGAGAAACCAUAUACCAGUAAAUAUCAUUAAGGAGUAUAUUCAGAUGUAUUAAAUUGUCUACUGAAGAAACACCUGAAAAGAGAAAGAGAAUCGCAUCUACGAUUUCACCUCUUAUGUGCUAGCAAGGUUGUCUAUUAUUAUAAAUCAAUAUGAUAUUCUCUUUCGAAAGAGAAUUUCUCUUCUAUAAUGAAAGAGUUUGUAUGUAGAAGAACAAGAAAAAUAAUGCAGUGUGGCGUGAUCGUUUAUCCUGAAGAAGUCGGCAAUUUUGAACUACUUACAUAAUGCAAAGUUAUCUCAUAACUUGACGAUUGAAAUAAAAUUUUAGCACACUGAAAAUUA